CAGUGAUCUGAGACUUUUGUAAAAUCAAUGAGGACAGCGACAGCCCUGUGUCAGUUUUUCUUAGUCGUCAUUAUCUCCGAACGAUGAGUGUGAUGAACCCGGCAAGAUAGUGGCAGAAAUAGGUUUGAAAAUCUUCACAAAGACAGCGCUACUAAAACCGAGACCAUGAUUUCUGCCGGAGGGAAGAUUAAAUUCGUGACGUCCACAUCGGAGCACCAAACCCUGGAGCCGACUGCGACAGUUGCGAGCAGCAGUACUUCUACCUUGGCGCCUGCAGCUGCAGGCGGAACUACAGCAGUAGCCUCGACUUCUUCGGCCUCCAAUGGUUUAUUGCGCAUUUUGCUGGUGGGCUCCGUCCGCGGGAGGGUGCGGCAGUUGCACGGCAUGCUGCAGAAGUUUAAAGACCCCUUCGACGUGUGCUUUUGUGUGGGCGAGUUUAGUAGCGAGGACAUGGAUAUCGAGGGUGAUUUGGAGUUCGACCGCACGCCCGUGUAUUUCAUUGACUGCGGCCCGGCGUGCCAAGCGCUGAUCGACGAGGGCGACGAGGAGAUCCUGCCGGGAUUGUACUUCCUCGGGCACUCGGGCGUGACCGAGAUCGAAGUGAAGAAGCAGAAGCUGAAGAUCGCCUUUCUCAGCGGCCGCAGCAUGAUCCGCGAGGGACUGCUGAAGCACCAGGCUGCCGCUGAAGCUGCAGCAGUUGCUGACGGCGCGGCGGGCCACAACUCAUCUUCUUCUAGCAGUGCAACCAGUGCAGUUGUUGGGCCACCACUUACAGGCACGAAUUCCUCGUCCAGCUCCACCGUGACGGGACUGGACCAGGUUGCGGCGUAUUUCACAAGCGAGGACUUGUUUAUCGACGGGUGUUAUUCGCAGUUGUGCGUCGAGCGGCUGCAGGAGGAGCUGGAACUGGAGACGCGUCCGCCCACCGUUAUGACGGGGGGACGCCAGGAAGUCAAGCUUCCGGGCUCGCUGUCCGACAGCGCCGGACGCGGACUGGAUUUCUUCCUCUGCGCCGAGGGCUGUUUUGGGCGAACGCUGCUGGACAAGAACCGUCCCUUCAUCGACCUGUUUCUGCCGAAGCGGGUUAGCGGCGUGGCCGCGCCGCUGCCCGGAGCCGCGCAGUCCAGAACUCCACUUGGUGAGUACGAGGCUAGAACCACCUCCAUAUUACCGGGCGCGAAUGCAAAAAAGGUGGGCCCCGCUGGGCCCUCCCGGCCACUGGUAAUUCGUUCGAUUGAGGACGUAAAGACGCGGCUCGCGGAUAUCCGGGAAUUCGAUCUGGUUGGCAACUUGGUUCAGCAGGCCGAGCCCCGAUACUUCGUGUGCUCCAAACACGUCGCAGCAAUGAGUGCUGCGGCAGAAGACCAGGACGCGGUAGAAGACGACGCGGACGAUGAUGCGGACAAAAGCGACGACAGCGACGACCAAUUUGCGGCACUCCCCACUCUGCCUGAAGAUGACGAACAGGUGGAGAACGACGACGGCCCCGGCAACGCGAAAAUCGAACCAGCUGUCGCGGAAAAAAAAGCAGCGCCACAACCUGCCCUGGGAUCAUCCACCUCCGCAACAGGUUCCGCCACCAGCAAACCUUCCCCGGGCGCGCAACUGCAGCACGCGAAUCCGGAUGCGUACAAGUACCGGCCGCCGUGGCAGGCGGCGCAGCGCGCCAUCGAGGUGAACACGGCGCAACUGGAUGAUCCCAGCCUGGUGAAGCUGUUGACCGAGUUGGCAGACACACAGAAAAACACGGUCAGAGUCGGGUUCACGACGAAGCUGUUCGCGCUCGACGACGUAAAAUUUGCCGGAGGGGACGAAGGCGCCGAUGUUGGCGCAGCGGACCACGAAGCGGCAGGAACAACAAACGCGGCCGCGAGUAAGAAAGCGGCGGUGCCGACCAAAAUUCUGAAUCCCAGUUUCUCCAUUCACGGGCUGAGCUUCACCGGAACCGCGCACCUGGAUUUGGAAAAGUUUGCCCGAGAGUUCUUCCACAACGCGACGCCGAACGCCUUCACGGGGCACGAAGUCCCCUUCAGCGAGGUGGAGAAGGCGCGCCGGCGACUCGAGCGGGACAAGCGCGAGCGGGAGCAAAAGUCGCUGGCAGAGUUCCGCGCCGCCCAGUACGCCGCGGGCGGCUUCGUAGCGCCCGAGGGGCAACUGGACAAGGAAGAAAUGUACCGGUGGAAGAAGAAGUUUGGCAUUACCAGCGACGAUCUGGCGGCUGGGCACGAGUUCAUCGACGCGAAACGACGGAAGCUGGAAGAACCGAAGGAAAAGAAAGAGUAUCGCAAGAGCCUCUACCAUAACCAGCGGCCAGUGGACAAAAAGAAGGAGCAUAUGAAGCGGGAGAAACAAAACGCACGCAAGGAACGAUUCAAAUAA